AUGGAUGAUAGGAUAGGCGGGCUCAUUAAAAAGACACUUAAAUGUCAGUGCCCCUUUAGAUUAAUCGGUCGUUUGACUGAUGAUGGUUGGAGGAUAACCGUUGUAGACGACACACAUAAUCACUAUCCAGCUGAGAAUCUGGAGGGUUACGCGUACGCAAGAAGGUUGACUGAAGAGGAGAGAUUGUUUCUAGAAGAAGAAUAUCAUCGUGGUAGUACGCCCCGUAGGAUGUUAAAGCUAUUGAAAGAAAAAUUUCCAGGAAACUUGACCCGCAGUGAUGACAUUUACAAUUUCCAAAAAGCUAUGCGGAAGAAGGCGGCCGAAAAACAUGGGAACACUCCAAUGCAGGUUAUGUUCAGUUUGCUUAAGGAGCAUAAUUACUUGUAUUAUCAUACAACAAACAGUGUAUCUGGUCGGUUGGAGAAUCUGUUUUUUAUACAUCCGACAUCAUUUAAGUUGUGGCGUGCAUUUCCUUAUGUUAUCCAAAUAGACGCCACGUACAAAACUAAUAUGUACAACAUGCCAUUGGUCGAGAUCGUUGGUGUCACUCCAACAAACAGGACCUUUAGCAUAUCAUAUGCGUUUAUCAUAAGCGAACAAGAACAUAAUUAUAGAUGAAUCCAUAUUGCGCGGAUACUAUGAGGGUGCAUUCGCUGGUGACGCUAAACACAUACACACUUUGCUAUCAAUGUCUUAUCUAAAUGGUCGCCCACACGAUUACUGGAUGAUGAAUCCAUAUUGCGCUAUGCUUCUGUCUAAUGCGUUGGGGGUAAUAAUUAUCUGUUUAAGUUUAGAGGAGAACAUCACAUGUUUUCCUUUUUGGAAGGGGCCAGGCGAGCUAUACGUAGAUGACCCGAUAUGCAUUGCCCUGGUAUCGAGGUCGACACAUUUUGUUACGGUUUUUUUAGAUAAGGACUGCCCAAUGCCUUACACCUCAGCUUGGGGACAUGAUAAACCUGCAUCGCAGGCCUGGGCAACACAUCCGAAGUACAGAGACCGUUUGGCUGAGUACCACAGACACAUUCAAGCUAAUAAGGCACCUACGGGAUAUGAGAUCCUUGAAUAGUUUAUUUAUAUCAUAUAAUUGUUUGUUUGUAACUCUUUAACGUAUGUAA